AUGUCAGAGUUCAGAGUGUGCAGUAAACCAACUGAUGUGCGUGAUUCAAGAGAGGCCAGCUCUAACAAUCUCUCCCCAGAGCAGUUAAUUUACUGUGCAUUGCCCACGGGCUGGUACAGUUACCUUAUAAUUAUAUGUAAGCAGUUAGUUGAGCUGAUGAGUGUCUGGAAUGCUGCAAACCAGGGAGCCCCUUCUCCAUCAUACAAAUGUAAACAGUGUUGACCAAGAUGUUGUUAAUAUGUCUGUGAAGACUUUCAAUCAUCCAGCUCAAACAAGGUGAAACAAGGAGAACUGGACCGGAGUUCCUUAAAAUGUCCCCGUGUUUGCCCACUACAUUUAGAACCCUUGACUAAGGUUGAGUGAGUUCCUUCCACUUUAUGGUGCUGUCGUCCUUUUUUAAGAAACUGUUCAGUUGCAUUUGUUUAAGCUCGAAAUGUUGUUCAUAUAAAGAACACAGGGGCCUGUAGAUAAAUCCAAAAAGCCAGCUCACUGACUUCAUGAACAUUCUUUACGUACAUUCAUGUGGAUGAGCUCCUUCAGUGGGCCACAGCAGUCCAGAUGUUCCCAGAGAGGCAGAAAGAAUAACUGUUUAAGGAAACCAUUGUGCUGAUCCACAGCGUCUGAGGGCGGGCUCUGUGGGAAGCCUUUCCUUCUCACUGAAUUUCGAAAGUCCAGUGCACUUGCAGCCCUCCCCCAUUCCUUAUGUAACACCAGGAUCAGGGUUCCCCACAGACGCCGAGAUCCACUCACCCACAGAGGACUGAACCGACGCCUCUCCACUGGUUUAAGGUUAGCAUUUAAGGGUUAAUGAUGAGGAGCAUCCCAGAGGUUUCUCUCCUUCCUCUUCUGGCUGUGGGGUUCACCCUCCUGACGAGUCCAGGCGUCCAAGGUGGAAAGAUUCUGGUGUUCCCAGUAGACGGUAGCCACUGGGUCAACAUGAACCUGCUGAUCCAGAGACUCCAUGCCAAAGGCCACGAGAUCACCGUGGUCCGAACGGCCACCAGCUGGUAUGUCAAAGAAAGUGCAACGCAUUACCGCUCCAUCACGGUCACCUUACCAGAAGCCAUUAACAUCGAGGAGCAGGACUUCUUCGUAAAGUUCUUGGCUAAAAUGCUGGAAAUAAGAAAAGAAGGUGCAUCUCUUAUGGCCUUCGUGAACUUCUACUGGGAGAUGCUGAGCGCGUUGUCAGACAUCCACCAGCAGGCCAGCAAGCUAGUUGUGGAAAUGUUUGAGAACAAGACUCUGAUGCAGAGUAUUCGGGACAUGCAGUUUGACGUGGUUCUGCUGGACCCAGGGAUACCUGUAGGAGUUCUGGUGGCACAUGAACUGAAGCUGCCCACGAUUUUUAACGUGAGGUGGAUUACCAGCGGAGAGGGCCACUUCGUGGUGGCACCGUCACCGUCGUCGUAUGUCCCAACAUCUGGAUGUACUGUGUCUGACAAGAUGACAUUUGCGGAAAGAGUCAAAAACACUUUAUACUAUUUCCUGAACACGGGUAUUGACAAGCUGAUAGUGUGUCCUCACUACGACAGACUGGUGGAAAGAUACUUUGGUCCAGAUGUAAAGUUCUACCACCUUCUCCAAGGAGCAGACCUUUGGCUCAUGAGGGUUGACUUUGUCUUUGAAUUCCCGAGGCCCACGAUGCCUAACAUCGUCUACAUCGGAGGAUUUCAGUGUAAGCCUUCACAGCCUUUAUCGUCGGAGCUGGAGGAGUUUGUUCAAAGCUCAGGAGAGCACGGAUUCAUCCUGAUGUCUCUGGGUACGCUGGUCGAAGGUCUGCCCAAAGACAUCACCUCAGAAAUUGCGGCUGCCUUUGCCCAAAUCCCUCAAAAAGUGAUAUGGAGGCAUGCCGGUGAGCGUCCUGACAACCUGGGAAACAACACCCUACUUGUGAAGUGGAUGCCCCAGAACGACCUGCUGGGUCACCCCAAAGUAAAAGCCUUUGUGGCUCACGGGGGCACGAACGGGAUUUACGAGUCCAUCUACCACGGCGUACCCAUGGUAGGCAUCCCCCUUCUUUUUGACCAGCCUGAAAACAUCCUUAGAAUGGAAGCCCGAGGAGCCGCAAAAAUGGUGGACGCGACAGAAAUCACCCGACAGAACUUCCUGGAAACCUUACAAGAAGUUCUUCACAAUCCUUCGUACAGAAACAACAUGAAGAGGCUGUCUGCUCUCCAUCGGGAUAAACCCAUGCACCCACUGGACUCAGCAAUCUUCUGGAUCGAGUUUGUGAUGAGGCACAAAGGAGCUGCACAUCUUCGCACCGAAUCUUAUAAGAUGCCUUGGUAUGCGUACUACUCUGUGGAUGUCUUAUGCUUUUUAGCAGCAGUCAUGUUGAUGAUGACGGCCAUUUUCGUCGGAUCAGUGCGAUUCCUUUGCCUUCGACUCUGCAGGAGGAGAAAACCAAAGCAGGAGUGAGUCCUGGACUAAUUAAAAAAAUAAAUAAAUAAAAUAAAAGAUAUUCUAAGAUCCAAAGCUGGAUCCGUCUGUGCCACAAAAGUGAGCCACACUCUGUGUUAUGUUACCUCAUUAGGACACUGUAGGUUGAAUCAUGUCUGCCGCUGCAAAGAUUCAAUAGAGCACCAAAUGUGUAUUAAUCUGCACCUGAAAAUAAUCACCAACAAAUGCACAUUUGAAAAAUAUGUACUGUUUGUAGAUCAAAACUUGGUAGUUGUUGGUACAAAUAAACUCCAGCAGCCUCAAACUUUUGCUGAUGAAUCUUGAGUAGAUUCUUGAUAUUUUACACUGCAUUAGACGUAGCUCUAUUUUUAGGACAUUCACGUGUUUAAAAGUACUGUUUUCAUUUUUAAAUUACUUGAUCAGUAUUCAAUUUAAUUAGUUAAUUUUAAUGACAAUCGACAAUAAGUAAAAAUGCUGCAAACUUUGUUUGUGUAUCAUCAUUUUAAGACAAAGCACUUGAUGACGUUAAGAAAUGCUUCCUUAUUCCCCUCAAUGAAAUAAAAGGACUCUGAAUCCA